GCAAAAGGCAGGAGAUCAGUUAGGCUUGGGGCUUAAGAGGUUAAUGUUAGUUUUACUUUAUCAGAAGAAAUUCUUGUCCCAUGCUUUGAUGAAAGCAAAUGACCACACGAUCAGUUAUUUGAAGCAAACGUGAGUUGUUUUUUUUUAAUGUUAAACUGGUGUUUGAUGACAGAAAAGAAAAAAAAGCACUUUUACAAAUGAAGAGUUGACUGCACCAAUCAGGGUGCGCUCGGAGGAGGAGGCAGUGAGAAGAGGGAUGAUGAUGUGAGUGUUUGACAGAUGAAACAUCAGACAGUCUCUCUGCACACACACGCGCACACACACACACUCACAGACACAAAAUCAAGAGGCUUCCUUUGGCUGGUCAUUGUUCAGAACAUCCAUGGAAUGAGCACACGCAGAUCUGCAGCGCUUAAGUGAACGGUGCUGCCAGCGAGACCAGGUACUGUGGUUUUUAUUUACUUGAAACUUUCAGUAUUUUAUGUUGUGCGGAUUAUAAGACAUAAACUGCUACUUACAAGAAGUGUUUUCUAACAAUUUGUCAUGUUAAAGGAAUCAACCUAUUAAACUUAAGAUUUUGCAACCACAUCUGACUAAUCUGCAUCUGCAUUAUUAUUUUUUUGCUCAUUUUAUUACAGAUAUUUCGUCUGAUGUGAAAUCUUUUCAACAAAACGAUCAACCUGUCCUCAAAAACCUUUUCAGAAAGCUUGCCUGUGAGAUGUUAGAGCCAAAUGUAUGCAUGCGUGUUUAAACCAGAAGUUUCAUUCUGCUAGUGCAUGUAUAUUUGUGCCUGUUGAUGCAUGUAACACGCACGGUGAGUCUGUGACUUGGCAGCGCCGGCAGAGGCGGUGCAUGUUGUUUCAGUGGUGUCUCUGUGCCGCCGCUGCUGCUGCUGUGCUCAUGGCUAAGAGGAGGGCUGCAGGUAGCUGCUGCUGCUGCCCCAUGAAAGAGGACAAUGCUCGUUUUUGCCUGCUGGCCGGACUCAUCCUGCUCUACUUAUUGUGCGGAGCUGCCAUCUUCUCAGCCUUGGAACACCCGUUUGAGCUCCGCGCACGCCUCCUGUGGAAACAGCAGCUGGACAACUUCACCAGGAGAUACAGGGUCAACCUGGGUGCCCUGCACACUCUGCUGAGGCAGUAUGAGGAGGCAAACGGAGCUGGCAUCAGGGUGGACGCAUUAAGGCCACGCUGGGACUUUUCUGGAGCUUUCUACUUUGUGGGCACAGUGGUCUCCACUAUUGGUUUUGGCAUGACCACACCAGCAACCAUAGCAGGAAAAAUAUUCCUAAUCUUCUAUGGUCUCAUUGGCUGUGCUGCCACCAUCCUCUUUUUUAACCUCUUCCUGGAGAGGAUCAUCACCAUGUUAGCUUACAUCAUGCGCUGGUGUCAUGAGCGUCGGCUGAGGUGUGCUGGAGUUGGGGUGGUGUCGAGCAGGGAGGAGUCAUCUGGUGAAGAGGACAGUCUGGAAGGAUGGAAGCCAUCCGUCUAUUACGUGAUGCUGAUCUUAGGGAUAGCAUCUGUUGUGAUUGCUUGCAGUGCCUCCACUCUGUACAGCUCCAUGGAGAACUGGAGCUACGUGGACUCUCUGUACUUUUGCUUCGUGGCCUUCAGCACCAUUGGCUUCGGGGACCUGGUGAGCAGCCAGAGGCAGCAGUACGAAUCUCAGGAGGCCUACCGGUUUGGAAACUGCCUUUUCAUCUUAAUGGGGGUUUGUUGCAUCUACUCACUUUUCAACGUCAUUUCUAUCGUCAUCAAGCAGACUCUCAACUGGAUCCUGGGAAAGCUGGUCUGUUCAGGGAAGCAUCAGCUCUGUUCCUGCUCCACCCCUGGCUGCUGGUGGCUCUGCUGCCCCUGUCUCCACAACAAAAAUCACAAACAGAGGCGUCAACUGCGUCAACUGGCACACUUUAGGCCAAAACGCAUCAAACGCAACGCCGUGCAGCCCAUCUCAUCCCACCACCGCUACACAGACGGCUCGGUUGAGACUGUGUGCGACAGCGAGACGGAUGCGGGCGCGUUGGCUGAAGUACAAGUGGGGCGUCGUUUGUCAGGGGAGAUGAUCUCAGUCAAUGAGUUCAUGGUGUCCAACAAGGUGUCUCUGGCACUGCUGCAGAAACAGCUGAGUGAAACGGCUCACCAGGGCCCGCGGCAGAGCUACAGCCAUCAGAAUGGUUUCUCUGGUGGUGUGGGAGCACUGGGGAUUAUGAAUAAUCGCUUACAGGAAACCAGUGUGGAUAGAUAGCAUCAUAACAACACCUCAAUUGUUGUUUGGGUUCUCUAUAUUUAAGCCUUACAUUUCCUUAGGAUUGUUUUUUUAUUAUGAGUAAUUUGUUCUGUAUUAAAAAAUAUCCAAGAAUAGAAUAUUUUGUUUCUGAAAAGCGGACUGUAGACAGCAAAUAAUUGUUCAUACGUUGUUUGGUGAGGAGAAAGAGGAAGUUAAAGGACAAAUAUGUGUUAAAGACUUCAGCAUCAUUUGAAGAGGGGUUUGAUGUCCUGAAGUGACUGACUCACAGAAACGCAAUCAGAUGAGAGAAGCUUUGAAGGAGCACUUAAAGAGGACUGCUGAUUUAAGGACACUGCACAUGUCCCCCUCCCCGAGCUCCUCAGAAGACAACGUUGUACAUAAGGUGGUAGUUAGUGAACGUAGAAACCAAAAUAUCUCCUCUUAGAUAACUAGCUGCAUAUAUAAAACAGUUCAAAUAUGAUUUGUAUUUAAACAGAGCUUCUCAAACAAACUGCAGGAGCUCAGAAGCACCAAGAAAGACAUUUUUCAAUUGGACGUCAUUGAAAUUCAGAGUAAUCAUGAAAGAGAUCCAGGGUUUUCAAUUGAGAUCUAAUGAAACAUGACUCUUAGAGGACGUCCUUAUGUCAACGAGGGCUUUGCAGAUAGUCACAGGAUCACGUCAGCAGAGCAGAGAGAAAGAUUUAGGUAACUAGAUGAAAUCCUUUACUAUGCAACAAAAGCCGUUUGUAAUUCAUUCAUUUAUAAGGAGGGUUUUUGUGAGUAGAUGAUGAGUGUGAGGUUAAAAGCUUCCAUAGAAAUCAUAAUUACCCAUUUUCGGCAGUCGCAG